AUGACCCCGCCAAAGACACCUUUGUACUGCCCCAUGUGUGAGAACCGCUAUAUGUAUUUGGGGAAGCACUUAAAGAAUCACCACGUCAAGAACCUGCAGUUGAUAAAGGACCUGCAGGCUCUGCGUAAAACGCUCAGUUACCACAUCAGAUGGUCUAAAAAGGUCAUCAAGCAGAGGCCCUCAGAGGUGGAGAUUGAGGCUGUUGAUGCUCCCUUGCCUGAAGCCCCUGAUGAUGAGGCUGAUGAGGAUGAAAUGGAGUCCAGGCCAGGCCCGCGGUCAGCAAAACCUGACAAGCCCAGGCCCACCACACUGGCUGUGUUCAGCGAGUUCCCCAAUUUCCCGCAAUCAAUCAUCGAAUACCUGGAUGACUACUGGAUGCACCUCAAGGGCUCCUGUGGAACCAAAAAGCAUGAGGAGAACCAGAAGUCCAAAGUCCGCCGGAUCAUGCUCUUCUUGGCUUUCCUUACAGAAGGUCAAACUAUGCUGCAGAACUGGAUGUUCCUCCCCAACAUUAGGAGGAUACAUCAGUGGCCCGAUUAUCUCCUCAAUGAGGGGAAGGCUGUCACUACCAUAAAGGCAUACCUGGUCAACACCUCCGAGUUCCUGGCGUACUUCAGGGACACACCGCCCUCAGCAUCCAGGGUCCCGAAAACCUCCCUGGUGGCAGUGAUCAGGGCGAUCUCUUCUGCCAUCUCCAAGCUUGGCAGGCGUGUGGUGAUCCGCCAGAUUAAAAUAAAGAAGCGGAAGAUGAGCACCGCUAUUUCCAGGCGGUACCUCCACACCUGCCAGGUCACGGCAAGGGAGAGAAUCCCUGACAUUCUUGAUCAGCUGUCCGCGGACCCCAGUCCUAAAAACCGCAGGAAGUUCUUCGGGUACGUGAGUGUGUACCUGGCCAGCUUGUAUGGGCACAGGACAGGUGUCCUGCGAAACAUGACUGUGUCCGAGGUGGAUGAGGCUCAGCAGGAUGCGAAACCGGGUGAUGACGGUUUUGUCAUCAAUGUGAAAGAGCACAAAACGAACCGUGCCUUCGGUCCGGCACAGCUGUUUCUCACGAUGGAGGAGUUUGGGUGGUUUGAACAGUGGCUCAUGAUCCGCGAGCGGCUCAAUCCAACAACGGAUCUUGUGUUCUUCACCGAGAACCACACAAAGAUCCAGAAGCUGCUCACCUACAUGCAAUUUGCCUGGUCAGACAUGGAUCUGCCAGGCAACCCCACCUUCACUGACUUCCGGACCUCCAUAGCGACCUAUGCCAGGAACAUCCUCUCCCCCAAUGCCCGGCAGAAAAUAGCCCACACAAUGUGCCACAACACCUCAACCGCGGACAAGUACUACGCACUUCACCUGACCGCAUCACAACUGGCCCGCAUCCGUGAGGACUUCGAGCUGGCCAUUAAACCGGUCCAAGCUUUAUCCCCGCUCAAGGAAGAGAAACUGGAGCUGACUUUGUCUGAGUCCUCCAGCGACACUUCUGUGGAGUCAGCUAAGGGAAAAAAGCCACAUAUGGAGGAAGUCAGCUCAAGUUCAACUUCCGAAUCCAGCUCAUCAGGGACAACCACAUCUGGAAGUGAACAGUCCGGGUCAAGUUCCACCCAGUCCUCCGGGUCCACCAGCGAAGAGUCCGGUUCUUCCCCCUCCCAGUCCUCCGGGUCCACCAGCCCAGAGUCCGGUUCUCCCCCCUCCCAGACCCAGGCGCCCUCCAGCGAAGAGUCCGGGCCACCCGCCUCCCAGACCCAGGCGCCCCCCAGCCAAGAGUCCGGUUCUUCCCUUUCCCAGUCCCAGGCUCCCCCAGAAGCAUCCUCCAGCCAGGAUGACCAAGUUAAAAAGAGAAAAAGAAGCGUAAGUCCGCUGUUGAGGUACAGCUUGAGACAGCGGAAACUUAGAACAACCCCUCAAAGGCGCAUGUUACGUGUAAGGAAGGCUCAUAAUAAAUAGUUUAUAUAUAUUACUUAAAAGCUUUUUUCCACUAAAAGAAAGUGGAAUUUAAAAAACCUGCAAUAUGUAAACAUACCACUUUGUUGUGACAACGUUUUGCACAUCUUUAUUCCAUUUAAUAUAAGUGUUUUGGUUUGCUGUGUUUAUUGUAGAAUUGUGCACUUUCUAAAAAGAAAACAGGUAACUUAUACAUACAUAGAGAAAUAUCUAUCUAUCUAUAUCUAUAUGUAUAUAUGCAUAUAUUUAUAUUGUUGUUUUAAACAACUAUUUGUAUUG